AUGGACAUAGGCAGUGACGCGGACUCUCAGAUGUCAGAAGACAAUAUCUCCACGAUUCCGCUCAAGCUGAUAGUUUCACACACUUCGACAAACUCUCCAUCGAUAAUCAGCAGUGAAAACCACCCAGAUAACAACUCUGGAGUGGCUUCAACAGCAGAUACCUCUGUCUUUCCCAGCCCACACGCGUCAGUGUCGCCUAGCUUUUACACGGGGCUGUUGAAUACCAGACACGGUGCCGAGAGAGAGCGAGACAGCGAGCUGAUUGUGACACUUGCAAGUCUGUCAAGGCGAGCCGCUAGAAACCGUUUAAAAGAAGAUAGGAGUAUGGGCAAUUUCGGUAACGACUCCUCUAUCGAAGGAGACGUCUAUGUCCAGCGGUUGGCCACUUAUAUCCGGAAAAAUGAGGAGGCUUUGGCGAACGGGCUUCUCUGUUUUCUGAAAAGCAGGGGCAGUUCAAAAGUCAAGCCUCUCAGGAUGACUUUUACUAUUCACCACUUGUACUAUAUCACCGAGAGAAUUGAUAACUCUUCACUUGGGGUCGAUGUUGGCCCCCUUAAUAUCAAGUUGGAUACCCCCAACCACGAACCCACAUUCAUUUCAUUCAUGGCAAAUAACGCCAGAACACAGAGACAGUUUGAGAGUGAUGCCCGGUCGAUCACGUCGAUGAAUUCUGUCAAAUCUAUCGUGUCCAGCGCCUCGGUGUAUUGGAGAUCUUUCUCGUUUAGCAAGGAUCCGAAGAUCAUACAAAGGGACAUCAAAUACUUGUAUUCGUCAUUCACCAAGAUUCCUUGCUUGAUAUUGUCACCCAAGACAAAAAUCUACAGUAUCUCAGGCUAUGAAGAAUAUCCAUGUGAUACCCUGGUUCCCUUAAAGAUGUUCAAGAACCUUCAAGUGCUAGAGUUGGUGGAGUAUGAGCCCAAUGAGUUAUUUGGGUGGCAUGUGCUCAGCGAGCAGUUGAGAAUACUUAUAAUACGGAAUUCCAAGGUUUCGGAUUUGGCACUGAUCCUUUUCGCCUUGGUCGUUGACGACGAGAAUGGUCGUUCCUCAUUCAGUAACUCACGCCAGUCUAAGCGUCACGAACCACCAUUCCUUCAUGACACAGCAGAGACAGGCCCUCAUAAGCAUCACCACCCACGCAGAGAACGGGCUUUCACUGCGUCCGCGAGCGUGCCAUCUCAUCGUGAUCUGUUCCUCGCAGAUUCCGCAUUCCCCCUGUCAACCGACUUGGCCUUCACCGCAUCCGCUCAUUCCCUUGAACGUGAAUAUACCGCUUUACCCGAAUCGAAGUGGUUUUACUUACGUCAACUCACUGUUUCAGAGGGUUCAAUCACAUCCAUCCCAGCAUUUGUCUUCAAGCCGCUUACAAAUUUGGUCAAGUUGAACUUGGCCAACAAUUUGCUUGAAGAGUUACCUCCAGGCCUAGACCAGCUUACGAACGUGAAAUACUUGAAUUUUGCUGAUAAUUACAUCACUUCAUUGCACAAUCUACCCACGAACCUCAAAAAUCUCACGACGUUGUCUCUUAACAACAACAAAAUCACUAAUAUAGAUGGCAUCGAGAAGAUGGAGAGUUUGGAAAAGAUUGAUUUGCGGAGAAAUAAGCUUGGUUCAGUCGCCCACUUGCGUCCGCUCAUAAAUCUAUUCAAGAUCGAGGGCUCCAAGCUCGGCAACAUAUUCGUUUCGAGUAACCCUCUACCGAAGACGUAUCGUGCAGACCUUUUCAACCUAUUCAACGGUGUGAGGUCACCCAACAACAUGAAGAUAGAUGAUUCUAGACCUGGCUACUUCGAGAACGCUCUAUUGUUAGACCGUGAAGAAGCCAUAAGGAAGUUGAGGAAGUUUUUGGAGCCAGAUGCACCUGAGACAAAAUCAAAGAGCGCUAGAGGUUCCACUGCAGCGACAUCUGCGAACGGUACAAUCACUCCAAAGACCCCUGACAGUCCUACUACUCAUCGCCAUACCCAAUCUAUUGGCAACACAAGCGAUCUAGCUCAAUCAGUAAGACUGCUCGAUAUAAAGGGUCUUGAGAUAAGCACAGUGCAACAAAAGCAUUCCAGCCAGAUCACCACGAAAUCCACGAAGACUCCAAUGACUCCUCCUGUGGCGGCCGCUGAGGAGGGCGCUUCACCACUCAACACCAAGACCCCCUUGCAAAAUAAUCAGAACCUCAACAACCAGUCACAAUACUCAACGAGCAAGUUCUCGAGCAUGACAAGACACUCAUUUUCUCCCCCAAUGCUCCAUCCAAACGGUUCGGCAGCGACUCUCAAGAGCUCAACCACCUUAAGUAGGAUCGACUUGGAAAGCACUGGUGUCAACAACCCAGCACCUAAUGUCAUAACACCUGUUCAAUCCACUUUCAAGGAUAGCGGUGGGUUGCAAAAACGUGCCAACCACCGUGAAAGUCCCUUGAUCUACUAUGGAGACGACCAUCCGCUGGAGUACUACUGGACCAAGCCGUACUAUCCAAGCCCUCUCGGUGGUAGAAUCGAGAAUCACUGGGAAAGGGCCUAUGACAAGGCAAGGAAACUUGUAGAUCGGAUGUCUAUCACAGAGAAAGUCAACUUAACUACCGGAUCUGGUUGGGGAUCGGGUCCAUGUGUUGGCAAUACUGGCUCUGUUCCUCGACUUGGUAUCCCAGCAUUGUGUCUCCAAGACGGACCCAAUGGAGUGAGAUUCACUGAUUUCGUUACACACUUUCCUUCGGGUUUGGCAGCCGCAAGCAGUUUCAACAAAGAAUUGGUUUAUAAAAGAGGAAAGGCUAUUGGAAGAGAACACAAGGCAAAGGGCGUUCACAUCGCUUUAGGCCCCUCCAUAGGACCCAUGGGUCUCAAGGCUAAAGGAGGCAGAAACUGGGAAAGCUUUGGCUCGGAUCCUUACCUUCAGGGUGUUUUGGGAGCUGCAACAGUGAAGGGUAUUCAAGACGAAGGAGUUGUAGCCGUUGCAAAGCAUCUAGUGGGUAACGAGCAGGAGCAUUUCCGUCAAGUGGGUGAAUGGGACCAUGGUGACUAUGACCGACUCGAUCUGUCGAUCAGCGCCAAUAUUGGUGACAGGGCCAUGCACGAAGUUUACUUGUGGCCAUUUGCAGAUGUGGUAAAAGCAGGUGUUGGUGGAGUAAUGUGUGGUUACAAUAUGGUGAACAACACUUAUGCCUGUGAGAACUCGUAUCUUCUUAACUAUCUACUUAAGGAGGAGUUGGGGUUCCAGGGUUUCGUCGUAUCGGAUUGGGGUGCUCAACACUCGGGUGUUACCUCUGCCCUCUCUGGUCUUGAUAUGACUAUGCCAGGUGAGGUUUUCGAUGACUGGCUUGGCGGUAAAGCCUACUGGGGUCCACUACUCACCAGGGCUAUCUACAACCAAACUAUUCCACAGGAAAGAUUAAACGACAUGGCAUCCAGAAUACUUGCCCCAUUCUUUGCAAUGAAGUCUAUUCUGCUUCCUUCAGAGGAGGAGAUUCCCAACUUCAGCUCGUGGACUCACCAUACAUAUGGCCAACAGUUCCCAUACCAGCACUACGGAGCCAUUGUGCAGCAAAACUGGCACGUCGACGCCAGAUCUGAAAUGAAUGAUGAGAUUGGCUUGGAGUUGGCUCGCCAGGGAAUCGUCCUUCUCAAGAAUAAGAACCGCCAUCUUCCUAUCAAUAAGGACGAUGGUGUGAGAAGACUAUUGGUGGCUGGUUUGGCUGGAGGAAAUGACCCCAAUGGAUUCAAUUGCAGAGACCAGAAGUGCACUGAUGGAACACUCACGUCAGGUUGGGGGUCUGCUGCUGUUAAUAAUCCAUGGGUUAUUACAGCACAGGAGGCUAUUUCCAAGAAAGCUCGUGAAAGAGGAAUAACGUUUGAUGUUUCCGAGGACAACUGGGAUCUCAAACGAACAGAGGAACUAGCAGAUUUUGCAGAUAUGACUAUUGUUGUGGUGAAUUCGGUUUCAGGCGAGGGCUACAUCGAUGUGGAUUGCAACUACGGUGAUCGGAAUAAUAUCACUCUUUGGCAUAAUGGCGACGAAUUGAUCGAGCGAGUGACGUGCCACUGCAAGAGGGUUGUCGUUGUGGUUAAUGCAGUUGGGCCCGUGAAUAUGGAAAAGUGGAUCGAACAUGACCAUGUUGUUGCCGUGCUCUUUGUUCCACCAUCUGGUCAGUUUGUUGGGGCUGCAAUUGCAGAGGUCCUCUUUGGAGAGGUGAACCCUUCUGGAAAGCUUCCCUUCACCAUAGCCAAGAAGAAUCUGCACUACGUCGAUAUCAGGGACAGCUUGGGCGAUUGCGUUGAUCCACAAGAUAACUUCGAGAGAGGCGUCUACCUCGACUACAGAUUCUUCGAGAAACACACCAUCAAGCCCAGAUUCGAGUUUGGCCACGGCUUAUCGUACACAAAAUUUCUGGUGAGUGAGCUUGAUAUCUGUGAAAUCAACCCACCAGCAGAGUACCUCCCCUGCCCCCCUGAUUACUUGCCUCUUUCAAAGACCAUCCAGGAUGAUGUCUGCGACCCUGAGGACGCCCUUUUCCCUCAUGACGAAAUGGACCCCGUGCCAGGCGUAAUUUACCCUUACUUGUACAGCGAGAACAUCAGAUCACUUGAUGAAGACGACUGUUACGACUAUCCAAAAGGCUACGAUCCAGAUCAGAAAUGCGAGGCACCGUUGGCUGGAGGUGCGUCUGGAGGAAAUAGAGCAUUAUGGGAAACUCUUUACAAGGUUUCGGCAAAAGUGACGAAUGAAGGAUCAAUGGCAGGAAACUACGUUGCCCAACUCUACAUUGAAUUCCCCAGCACCAUCGUGGCAUCACCACCCAAGGUCCUCAGAGGCUUUGAUAAGAUCUUUUUGCAGCCAAACGAGUGUGGGGAUGUGAAGUUUGAGGUGAAACAUCGUGAUUUGAGUAUUUGGGAUGCCGAUUCACAGCAGUGGAUCAUCCAAACAGGCACUUACAAGGUGUACGUGAGCACACUGAGCAGGAAAGUGGAGCUCUGUGGAGAAAUAGAAAUCGGCUGCUAA